UGACGACCGCACCCCCAAUGACAGCCUAGGAAAGGAAGACAAACAAACAGGGAAAAAACGGACUCGUGCUGACUAAAACCGUUCGAGGAGUUUACUGUGGCGUCGUGCGUAAAAAGCGCACCGGCUGCCCGGCUUAGCGCCUGAAUUCAGCGGCAUUGGUCGAAUUUUAUUCUUAACAUAAAAACAAUUUUGGGGGAUUUUCUUUUUUUUAAAAUCUCCACAGGACUGAGCAAAUAAUGCUAAAAAUGACAGAGGAGCAUGACAAAUGUGUCAGUGACCAGCCUUGCAGUCCAUCAGGUACAAACAGCUCAAUGUCCCAGGACGAGUCCGACUCCGAUGCUCCGUCCUCACCCACAGGCUCCGACAGCCACGGAUCCUUGCUCUCCGGUCUGAGCAAGAAACUGGACUCUGAGGAUGAUGAGCGGUUCCCAGCCUGCAUACGGGACGCAGUCUCUCAGGUCCUCAAGGGAUACGAUUGGUCCUUGGUUCCCAUGCCCGUGAGAGGGAAUGGGUCUCUGAAGAAUAAACCUCACGUAAAGAGACCUAUGAAUGCUUUCAUGGUCUGGGCGCAAGCGGCCCGCAGAAAGUUGGCGGAUCAAUAUCCACACCUGCAUAACGCAGAACUCAGCAAGACGCUGGGGAAACUUUGGCGCUUGCUUUCAGAGAGCGAGAAGAGGCCUUUUGUAGAUGAAGCAGAACGCCUGCGGGUUCAGCACAAAAAAGAUCAUCCAGACUAUAAGUACCAGCCACGGAGACGAAAGAAUGUGAAACCGGGCCAGAGCGACUCAGACUCAGGGGCAGAACUGGCACAUCAUAUGUACAAAGCUGAGCCAGGGAUGGGAGGACUGGCUGGAAUGACUGAUGGACACCACCAUCAUGAACAUACAGGACAGCCUCACGGUCCACCUACGCCACCUACUACCCCUAAAACAGACCUGCACCAUGGAGUGAAGCAAGAUCUGAAACACGAAGGCCGUCGCCUUGUUGACAGCAGCAGGCAAAACAUCGACUUCAGCAAUGUAGAUAUCUCUGAGCUCAGCACUGAUGUCAUCAGCAAUAUGGAGACCUUUGAUGUGCAUGAGUUUGACCAAUACCUUCCGCUUAAUGGCCACGCCUCAGGUUCCUCCGCCCUAUCCUCAGACCACAGCCAUGGGCCAACUGCGUUGCCUGGCAGCUCUUAUGCUUCCUCAUACAGCCACACAGGCAGCGCCGGGUCAUCCUGGAGCCGAAAGAGCACCAUGUCCUCUUCCUCUCCCUCUGCCAGUGAGCUGGCCCAGCACCGUCUUCAUAUUAAAACAGAGCAACUGAGCCCCAGCCACUACAGUGAGCACUCCCAUGGGUCUCCGUCUCACUCUGAUUACAGCUCCUAUGGUAGCCAGGCCUGUGUCACCUCUGCCACAUCAGCGGCCUCGGGUGCAGCCUCAUUCUCCAGCUCCCAGUGUGACUAUACUGACCUUCAGAGCUCCAACUAUUACAACCCUUACUCUGGCUACCCCUCUAGCCUCUAUCAGUACCCCUAUUUCCACUCAUCCAGGCGGGCCUACGGCAGCCCCAUCCUGAACAGUCUGUCCAUGGCUCCAGCCCACAGCCCCACUGCCUCCAGCUGGGACCAGCCUGUCUACACCACUCUGUCUCGACCUUAAGGAGGUCUGAAAUAAUCCGUUCACGCAAGAGACUCGUUCAGUUUGAUGCACUACUAAUGAAGGACAUAAGGCGGCAGAGGAAAAUUGUAUGUGGGGGCUAGUAGGCUACCUGCGACCGUUUGAACGUGAAACAUACACAAGAAAAAGUGCCUGCUGAUUUUAUACAAAGUUAUAUUGUUGCAAUGAAAACACAUUUGUACAGACUUUUUACAUAAAGAGAAAUUGUGAUGAUGGUGAGCCAAACUCCUCCAUGAGGACAUAUCGCCUAUGCCUACAUAUAUGCCGUAUACCCCCCUUCUAUUCAGUUUUUAAGAUUGCACUUAUGUGCACAGUUGAGGUAAAGCAAAGACCUGCAGCUGAACUGCAGGAUCUAAAAGGUUUAGCCAGCUGUGUGCAUUUAAGAAAGUAAACAAGAUCAGUUAGUGAAGUUAAAGUAAAAUUUACAUCGACAGCCAGAGCUAUAUUACUGCACACUAUUUGCAUCAGUGGUUCAGUCUUAAAUAAAUUGCUCCUAACGAAUUUAGUGUCAUUUUGGCCUAAAAGUCUUAUAUGUAUUUAUGUUAAUGAAUUAUUGGUUUUGUUUUUAAGUAGAUGAACACAUGUAAUGUGGGUUUGGUUAUUUAGAGUACUUUUAAAUGACUUUUGAUGAGAAGAAGGUAAAUGAUGUAAAGGACAGUACGAGUAGAGUACAUCUGAUAUUUUUCCGUUGAAGACCAAUUUUUCCAGAAACACCUCCAUUCCAACUCGCAAGCAAACAGACAGGACCAACAUACUCACACAGGACAGAACAGGUGUUUGAAAUCUAUGCUUGGCAAAUUGCGAUUAGUCAUGAUCUAGGCUUAAAGGAAAUGGGGUAAAAUAACACCAUGCUCUCUGAGUGACAUGUCAGCUGGACCUUCUGUAUAUGUCGAUGGACAGCACAAGAAUAUGUGAAUGCUCAUGCGUCCGUGCGUGCUAGAGAGAAAAUGUGGCAUCCUGCAUGUAGACGCAUGUGUUAGACAUUUCCUUGGGAAAGGGAUAUGUAUCCUAUGACACAAAACAUACCAAAUGAUACAGAAAACAUUUUUUUCCCCCGUAAGCUAUCUUUGAAUUUUAUAUGUAACCCGAAGAAGAAUUUUCAGAGAUGAAAGUGAAGUUAAGUGUGCCCAUAUUUAUCUCAUCAACCAUCAAGUGCCAACUCACUGCAGUCUUACAUAAAAUGUUUUUGUGCCUUCUAAUGCUUAUUGUCAGUAUUUCAAAAUGAAAUGGAAUUAUUAACAAACUUCAGGCAGCACACGAGCCACGCCAGAGACGCCAACAAUUAACUUGCUCCUCAUUAUGUCCUUAUCAUUCCUUACAGCCUUGGUUUGUAAUGUUCUGUGACAUGCUAAAUGAGAAAUGUGCAGAGCGUCAUGCUCCAAGUUUUGUCCACAGAACUGUGUUUUGUAUAUCAUUACAGUGUAUUGAUUUUUGAGAAAGGCUGUGAAAAUGAUUUAUGUUCUAUUAACUAGAGUUUCACUCGCACAUGCACAGCUAACUCAUCCGCUGGCCAUUUUUUUAAAAAUAAAAAGAUACUUUUUUCUUGA